GGCAAGUUGAGCAGAGCCAGUAGGGAAGGAUCAGGGCGGUGGCUGAGGCGGGCUCAAGGAUUCCGACCCAAUUUCCCUGCUGCUCCCCUUAUGGCCUGACGCUGACAGAGGCAAAAAUCUGCUAACUCAGUCGGCAGACUCAACUGGGGCUGCAAGCAGGCCUGGGGAAUGACCCCCCAAUCUCCACACAGCGCCUUCCACGGCUGUGCGGCUGUCUCAAGCUGUCUCCACCACUGCUCCUGGCCCUGGCUCCGUCCCAGCCCCUUUCUUGUACCACAUGGGCCCUCUGUCUCCUGUCAGGACUUUGCGGCUUUGGGGGCCUCGGAGCCUAGGGGUAGCUCUGGGCAUCUUCAUGACCAUCGGCUUUGGCCUCCAGCUCUGGGGGGGACCCUUCCAGAGGAGACUCCCCGGUUUGCAGCUUCGACAGCCCUGGGCCCCAUCCCUGGGACCAGACAUUCAGUCCUGUGUCCCCCGGCAGCACCUUGUGUUCCUGAAGACACACAAAUCUGGAAGCAGCUCUGUGCUGAAUCUGCUUCAUCGCUAUGGGGACCGGCAUGGGCUGCGCUUUGCCCUCCCUGCACGCUACCAGUUUGGCUACCCAAGACUUUUCCAGGCCUCUCGGGUCAAAGGCUACAAUCCCCGGGGUGGGGGCACCCAGCCCUCCUUCCACAUCCUCUGUCACCACAUGAGAUUCAACUUGAAAGAGGUUCUUCAGGUCAUGCCUUCUGACAGCUUUUUCUUCUCCAUUGUCCGAGACCCAGCAGCUUUGGCCCGCUCUGCCUUUUCCUACUAUAAAUCCACCUCAUCAGCCUUCCGCAAGGCACCAUCUUUGGCUGCCUUCCUCGCCAAUCCUCGAGCCUUCUACCGACCUGGUGCCCGUGGAGACCACUAUGCCCGCAACUUACUAUGGUUUGACUUUGGCCUUCCCUUCCCCCCAGAGAUAAGGACCAAAAGAGGGAAUCCCAAUCUCCCUAAAGACUCCAACUCCCUCCAUCUACAUGUCUUCCCUUCCGGUGCUGGCUCUAGAGCCCAAGUUCCAGAAUUUAAUGCUCUUUCCCAGCCUGUUCCCACCAUAGCUAAUGACCACAGCCCCCCAGCCAGCCCUGCCACUUUAGAUUUCGAGUCCUCAUCCUUCAUCCAAUGGGGUCUAGCCUGGCUAGAUUCUGUCUUUGACCUGGUCAUGGUGGCUGAAUACUUUGAUGAAUCAUUGGUCCUGUUGUCAGAUGCCCUGUGCUGGAGUCUGGAUGACGUGGUAGGCUUCAUGCAUAAUGCUCAGGCUGGAGGUGGACAGGGCCACAGAGCUACCAGCAACAGUGAAUUGACUGCUGAGGAACAGCAGCUGACUGCACGCGCACGAGCCUGGAACAACUUAGACUGGGCUCUCUAUCUCCACUUCAACCGCAGUCUCUGGGCACGGAUAGAACAAUAUGGUCAGAGAAGGCUGCAACGUGCUGUGGCAGAGCUCCGGGCUCGAAGAGAGGCCUUGGCUAAACAUUGUCUGGUGGGAGGUGAGGCUUUAGACCCCAAAUACAUCACAGAUCGCAAGCUCCGUCCCUUCCAGUUUGGAUCCGCUAAGGUUUUGGGCUAUGUACUUCAGAGUGGACUGAGUCCCCAAGACCAGGAAGAGUGUGAACGCUUGGCUACCCCCGAGCUACAGUACAAAGACAAGUUGGAUGCCAAACAGUUUCCCCCUACAGUCUCACAGCCCCUCAAGACUUCAAGGCUACUUUCCCCAUAGGCAGCAGACUACAAAUUACGUAUGACACCUGCGAUCGACCGUGGAGGCGGCCAGACGCAGUUUGCUUCCCUUGCGGAGGCUGGAACUUGCCCCGAUGAAGGCCUCCAGGCUUCUGGCCUUGGCCUGAGAAUCACUGCUGCACCUUGGUCCCAGCUAUCCACUUUGUCCCUUCUCUUUCGCAACCCCCAAGGCAGGUCCCUGUGGUGCUCCCCAAAGCCCCCAGGAGGGGAAGGAAGAUGGCGUGCCCCAGAGAAAGUUUGGGGGCACGGAGAAUUGCAAUGACACAUCUAUUUCCCUAGGAAGUGUUUGCUGUGUUCAUUUCACUGUGAAAUGUUUGUUGAAUGAAUAAAUGACAUGAAACUUUCACUUGGUUUAUAUAUAGGGCAGAGUAGGGAGGGACAAUGAAUCUUCCCGGCAGAAGCGAGGUUGGAAAGGCUUUUUAAAAAUAUAUCUU